AUGGAAGUACCGAUGAGAAAGGACUGUUUUGCCAAAAUCCCAGUGGAGAUCCUCCUCGAAAUAGCUAGCUUACUGGACAUCAAGCGCUUCAGCAACUUAUUAGCGACACGUACUGUUAUUGAAGUUAUCGACAUUGAAACCUUCAAAAACCUCCUGGUAGCCGCCAUAAACCCUAACUCCACUGACAGCAAAGGGAACACACUACUCGCUAUCGCCGUGAUGAAGCAAGAAUUUGUCGAAUACAACGUGCCUCUGGAUAGGAAUGAACCCGUGGAAGACAAGCCAACUGAGUUUGACGAAUAUGUCGAAUUGGUUAUGCGCUUAUUAGCACAUGGCGCUAAUCCAUCUAUACCAAACCAGGAUCACAGGCUGCCGCUUGAUUCUGCUAGUUGGCGGACUCUCAAGAACGGGGAAUUAUGUGCCGCUCUAUACAAAAAGGGGGCCAGGGUCACUGACUUGACUGCUUUUAGCCGCCUUAUUAGCAACAGAACUGACAUACCUGGUCUACGAGAACGUGGCUACCAAGGCCUCACUAUAUUCCAUCAUCUAGCGGCCAACAGCAAAUUUGGCCUCCCUGAAAAAAGACCAGUGCUAGACUUGCUACAUAAAGUUGCGCCUGGACUUCUGGAUAAGCCGAUGAUUGAAGGAGAAACGCCUCUUCAUCUUGCCACAAAUUGCCGCAGCGAUACUCUUGUCUCCUACUUACUUGAUAAAGGGGCCAACAUCGAAGCUUUAACUCGCACUAUUGCGAGAGUUUUGCUCCAGCAUGAUAGAACACAAAUGGAUGAUCAAUGCAGAGAAAUGAUCGAACAGUUAUGUUCACAGCAGAUACCACGCGAGCACCGUGACGACUUCGAGGUAAUCUUGAGGAUUUCGCGGGAGCCAGAGACUGAACCGUCUCAUACAGGAGUCUAA